CAAACUUUCAAGGAUACUAAAUCGAUUUAAAUUAUCUAAGUUCAACAUUUUGGGCCACUCUAUCGCCAAUUGACGUGACGAUGUUUUGCUACACUGACUGAUGACUGAGAAGCAACUCUUCUGGGGCUACGAGAAGGGGCGCGAUUGCGAAGCGAACUGAGCUGCUAAAUUCGAUUAGAAAAGAAUUCGAUAAUCACGACACUCCCAGCUCCCAGUUGGAUCACUCUCAGCAUCAUCGCUAAUUCAAUAGUGCUGCUCGAAGUGCUAACUCAAGCUUUAACUUCUGUGUGUGACGACGUGUUUUGUCAUGAGUGAGUUUUGAAAUCCACCACAUAUAUUUUCUAGAAAGGAACGUCGCCUCGCCAGAGAAACCAGAAGGUUCCAAGGUAUUUCACUGACAGCCAGGAAGUGCCAUCGGGCAGGAGUAGUUUCAUCUCGGCAGGCAGUAAAUAGUUGUGCGCUCUUAUCAGUGUUGUGAGUGGGCCAGUGUCAAUAAUAACAUCGUCGUCGUUCGGCUGAUAAGAAGAGGACGCAGUCGGGGCAGAUAGGACUGUCCGGGGCUUUGGGCAGCUGCCAGAAGGAAGGAGAGUCGUACAUAACAACGAGUGAGGUGCAAAAUACCAAGUGACGACGAUCGAAGCGCAGAGUGAAGAGUAUAGUGAGCAAAGCAGAGAAAGGCGAAGAAAGUGGCACAAAGUUGUCAAAAAAGCAAACAACCGAUAAAGUGAAGUGAAAUCGUCCAACUCGGUGAUGAUCGGUGGUCGAUGAAGUGGAUUUCGUAGCGAAGCGUUCGAUUUGGGUUUGGAUUUAGCCAGGAAGACGACAACGGUGCCACAUGGGGGUCUGUUUGUGCAAGGAUAAGGUGGAGGAAGGCUAUUUGAAUGAAAAUAGCCGCGAUUCCUACACCGCCAGUGGGAACGAUUACGGAGGUGAUGGAACGGCACAUCAUCACGGUGGUGGGGGACGGACAGCGGGAUCUCAUGGGGGGCGGUGCCUUCGGACGGACCGGAAAGCGUCCCUCUCGGAUACCGUGGAUGAUUUGGUGAAGGAAACGCUCGAGAUUAUAGGAUCCAUCGUGGACAAUGAACCAGAACCACCCAACUCGAUGGUUAUGCUGCAUGACAUUACCGACAAACCGACCGGUUGGAUCCAGCUAGUCAAAUCGCUGAUUCGGGUGGUGCCGUUGGAGCAUCCGAUGGGUCCGAGCGUGAUCACCCUGCUGUUGGACGACAGCCCACUGCCAACGAAAGAUUCGGUCCUGGAGGUGGCUGACAUGAUAACGCACUCAAUCCGGCGCACGCCCAAACGGGAACGAAACCUUUGCGUGAUUCUCGGCUGCCUGGCGGAGAAGCUGGCAGGGCCCAGCAGCAUAGCGGUACUGUCGGACGUCACACUCGGUUAUCUGCUGGGAAAUCUGGAUGAAGGUAUCAAUCCGGAUGUCAUGCUGUUCUCACUGAUUGCACUGGAGAAAUUUGCACAAACGAGCGAAAACAAAGCAACGAUUAAGCGCAAACUAGCCCUGUACCCGGAAAAUCCACUGUCGCGGCUCGAACGGCAUACGGACAGCAAAGAGUUCAUUCUCAGACAGGUUGGCUUCUGUGCUCGAUGGUGCCUUGAUAACUAUUUCCUCAUCGACGGCCGUAAGUACUCGUACGAGGUGGCGGACGUCGACAAUGUGAACGUCAUGCUCAACACCCGGGACGUUAGCGAAUACCUCAAAAUCUCUCCGGACGGUCUGGAGGCGCGCUGCGAUGCGUACUCCUUCGAAAGCGUCCGGUGUACCUUCCAGGUCAACACCGGCUGUUGGUACUACGAGGUACUAAUCAUCACCCCCGGGGUGAUGCAAAUCGGCUGGGCCACCAAGGACUCGAACUUCCUGAGCCACGAGGGCUACGGCAUUGGGGACGAUGCGUACUCGAUAUCGUUCGACGGCUGCCGGAAGCUGAUAUGGCACAACGCCCGGUCGAUGUCGCACGAUCUGCACAUAUGGAAGGGCGGGUCGGUGUUGGGUUGUUUGCUGGAUCUGGACGCACGGGAGGUCAUAUUCAGUUUGGACGGGGUGGAAGGUGGAGUGCUGAAGCAAGUGUUUGGCAGUGCGAGGGAUGGUUUCUUCGCGGCUGCGUCGUUCAUGUCGUUCCAGCAGUGUAGGUUCAACUUUGGUUCAACGCCGUUCGUGUAUCCACCGAAGAAUCGGCAGUUUAUGAGUUUUAACGAGCACGCCCAGAUGAACGACCAAGAUAAGAUCGUGCUUCCGCGGCAUCUCUUCCUGGAGCAGCUGCGAAAGCUGAGCGUCCGGGAGGAUUCGUGUACGUUGUGCUUCGACAUGAGCGCUUCGAUCCGAAUAGAGCCCUGCAAGCAUCGUGGGUUCUGUACGAACUGUGCCGCCCAGCUGCAGUUCUGCCCGAUGUGCCGAGCGGAAAUCGUCAGCACCGUGCAGGAAGUGGACCUGGAUAGUCCCCUGUCGGACGAGGUGAUUGCGACCACUUGAUGAUAGUGCAUGAGCAGCCAGUUUGCACAACGAACAACUGCGCGCCGUUGCCUAAGUAGGAAAAUAUGUAAAACGAAGUGGCAUUAGGAGGUAAGCGUACUCGGAAUUCCGAAACAUAUUUAGGAAGGAAGAAGAAAACAAAUGUUGUGAUAAUACGAAUAUUUAAAAGAAUAGCUAUCGUUAGUUUUAACCUUAUCGACAAAGUUUUUUUUUGGUUUUUAUCAAUGUGUAUUUUAACUUAAAGCUAAUUCUACACUUAGAUCCAAAUCGAUACUUUAUGUGUAUGGCCAUUAAAAAAAACAACAGUUUCUGAACAUACUUCCAAUAUCUGUUGCGUUACAGUUUCGGAUAACACUGCGAUCUGCAUACAUAUUUUGAAACUACCUUCAAAAUUUUAAUUGUUUUAAAUCACGCGAGGCCAGUCGAUAUACACGGUACUACAUGAGAUUGAUAAUGGAUUUCCAAGGAGUAUAUCUCACAAUGGGCUCGGAGUAAUUUAAAAAGAUCAAUAAAAAUGUGUGAAAUCAAAGAAAGUUCUGUCAGUAUGUUCGCAAAAAUCUAUAGCAUCCAUAAAUUACCCGGUUUCAAAAAGUACCUAGCAUUGUACGAAUUUCGUGCCAACUUGUUCAGAGAAGUAGCAGCCUCAGCUCCAACAUUACAUUUAGAAAUUAAUGAAAAAGUUUUGGGCCCAGG